AAUCAAAGAUGAUGUCACCCUCUCCAGAAGCAGAAUUAGCAGAGAGCCUGGCCAAUGAGGUGACAUGCCCAAUAUGCUUGGAGCUAUACCGGGACCCAGUGCGUUUGGAAUGCGAGCACAAUUUCUGUCGAGCCUGCAUAAGUACAUACUGGUUGCAAGGGGACCAGGCAUACACCUGCCCACAGUGUCGUGAAAUCUUUCCACAGUUGCAGCUCAAAACGAACCGGCUUUUGGCCAACAUCGUGCAGAGAGUCCGCAGACUGCGUUUUGACAGUUCUGCAUCUCCAGUUACCAACAGGAGGGAAAGUGUUGGUAGUGGCCCAGUUUGUGAGAAGCAUCAGGAAAAGUUGAAGGUCUUCUGCAAAGAAGAAGAUGUGGCCAUCUGUGUGGUGUGUGCUGUGUCCAAGGAGCACAAAGAUCACAAUAUGGCACCCAUUCAGGAAGUACUGCAGAGCUGCAAGGAAUCAUUCAAAGCAGUACAGGAAGAAUUUGGAAAACAGAAGGAGAAAAUGAAGGUGAUGCAAGUAAAGUUGGAAUUAGAGAACAUGGAGCUACAGAACUCUGCUGUAGACCUCAAAAAGCACAUCUGUACAGAGUAUGACGAACUGCUACAGUUCCUGCAAGCAGAGAAGGAGCUUCUAUGUUCCCAGCUUCAGGCUGAUCAGACCAGAUUAGAACAGCUGAGAGAUGAUCAAUUAAAAAAGAUUCAGGAGAACAUGGCAGAAAUAGAAGAGGAGGUUAAAAAGCUGCAGGCUAAGUUUGAAGAGGAAGAAGAGAAUGAUUUUCAAGUAUUAGUCAAGGAUGUCAAGCAGCUGUCUGAUCGGUUGAAGAAGGGCUUUGAGGAACCUGAGCCAGUUUAUGAAAAACUGAAUGUCGGUCUGUAUCGAGGACCCUUGCAGCUGGUGGCCUGGAAGAAGUUGAAGUCAAUUGUUAAACCAACUCCCUGUACCUUGACACUGGAUCCUGCUUCUGCCAACUCCUACCUCACCUUGUCUGAUGAUCUUGCCUCAGUUCGUUAUUGUUACACCCCACAGGCCCAGCUACCAGAUGAUCCACCAACAGAAGAAAGCCGCUUUGAUUUCUGUGCCUGUGUCUUAGCCAAGCAGGGUUUUGAGACCGGCAAGCACUACUGGGAAGUAGAAGUUGGUGCCCACUCAGACUGGGACAUUGGGGUGGCUGCAGAGUCUGCCGGUCGAGACGGCUGGAUCAUUCUCACACCUGAUAAUGGCUACUGGACAUAUGGACACCAACUGUGCCCUUUAGUGGGUGUCUAUCUCGAUUAUGAAGGAGGCCAGCUCACCUUCUUUGAUGCUACUGACAUGAGCCACCUGCACACUCACGUUGAUGCCUCAUUCUCAGAAAAGCUGUACCCAUUUUUUUAUCCCAGUGCCGAGUCUACUGCCAAGCCUCUAAGGUUAUUAAAUCCAGAGAACUGUAGCUGCAGGAAAAACACCCAAACUGAAACCACCGGUGCAUUCUAAUAGGAAAGUUUUAUACACAUGUCGGUGUUCCCAGUUCAAGGUUUUUCAUUUUAUUUGGGUUUGUCUUAAAACAACAACCUGAAAUUUAUAGCUCUUUUUUCUACCUGACAUGAUUUUAAUUCGCUUUAUUAGUACACUGGAGCACAGACAGUUCAAUGAGUCUUACAGUAGGGCAGUGGUGGGCUUUGAAUUGGUAGUCUUGUUAUAUCGAGUUUUACAACCGUCGCUAUUAGGCCGCUCUGCCUUUAAAACACUCAGGUGAAUUAGUAAAAAUGACAAAAGGAAGAGGAGGAGAGCAGAUCUCUAUGUCUGUGUGCUAAAUUACUCUUCCAGCUGCUUCAAGCGCUUUCCCUCAAUGCGUGCCCUGGGCCCCUACAGUUAGGGUGGGUGUCUGAUGACUAGAGAACGUGCAAGGAGGGGCAAUUUUGCAAUAGCCAAGGGUAACAAUCUGGAGCUGGCAAAAGAAAGAAGAAAAGAGGCAGUUUUCAGUAUUUCCUUUCAUCUUCUGACGUCCUUUCCUGCAAUUGUUUAAUAGUCAGUAGAAGAAAUGACAUCAACUGCUGUGAAAACAUUCCCAACGAGUGCCCUGAAUCCGGCUCACUUCACAAUAGGUGCCUUUUCCCUUUCAAAGAUAAAGGCUAUUUUUUCUCUCACCUCCUGUUAGGCCUUCAUCUUGCCCCUAGGACCCGAAUCUCUCACAAAUUCAGGAAUAAGCACUUGUCAUUUGGUGGAGACCAUAGGAUUUCUCUUAACUCUGGGCUACUUGCUUGGAGACCAAGAAAGGAGUGAGCAGAACAUUUUUUUCAGUAUAACAGGCUGUGUGGGAGCUGUUAAAGGGGGGGAAGGACAAUUGUUAAUUCUUCAAUAAACUUCCAAGACCCUCCACCUAAAAGAGUCAGGCAGACUGUCAAAGGAAAAGACACGUUCCCUUCCGCUGCUUACUUCAUCUCAUGUAAACAUGGGGCUUUUCAUUCAGCCUUAGGUUUGUUUUUAAUUAUCUUGCCUCAUUUUAAAUGCUUAGCUUUUCAAAAAUUGUUCUGACAGCUAAAAUAAAAGCAUU